GAAUCAUGGGAGAGAAAGUUUGAUGAAAGUUAUUGUCAAGAACCAUUUUUUUUUUUUUUUUUGUUCCUUAAAUCUUACUUAAGUUAAGCCCCUAGACAUGGUAGUACUGAAUGUCUGAAUAUAUAAUUUCAAGAUUCUCUCGUGAAUCGGGUAAAGCUUUGCAUGUAUGACAAGCCAGACAGGGAAAACUAAUAAAACCCUAGAGGGGAGUAUCUCUCUUUUGUUAAUUAUGCCAUUAAUUUGAUUAGGACAGUCAAGGUUUGGAUCAGCUUUGGCUACUUUAUUAGCAGCCUCAAGGGUUUUGUGUUUGUCUGCUUUAUCCACCUUUUUCUACACAUAAUUAUUCUCCUGUUUCUUAUUGGCAUCAAUAGAGCAAAAGCAACAGCUUCUCCACAUUAUUACUGCUUAGGAAUCAUAAGUUCUUUUUUGACUCCAUUCCCCCUUUGUUUCUUAAGACCCCAUCUUCUAUCUCUGCAUGUAAAGCAUCUAUCUUUCUUUUGUUAAUCUGCAUUUUUCUGCUUGGUGGAAUAAACUUAGGAUAUGACACCUCUUCUUUGGUUAAUCCUAUCCUAGGAUCCUAUGCUAGGUAACCUCACUGAUUGUUUGUCAUUAGGCAUUGAGGUUGUACUAACUGAUUGAAAAUCAUUUCAAGACAGAAGGGCAAAAGUAGUAGGACAGUGGUGCCUAUGGCUCAACAGGAAGGAGGGUGGCCUCUGGGACUGCAGCCUCUGAAUUUAAGGGUAGGGGUAGUGAGAAACAGAGACUACUUGUCUGGAUCGACAUCUUUCAACACGUUACUCAGUGAGUCCCCCGCUUCCUCUACAGAUUCCUCCUCGGACUUGGACAGCGAGUCCACAGGGUCAUUCUUCCAUGACAGGAGCACAACCUUAGGAAGCCUAAUUGGCGUUUCAAGAAUCGUGAACCUCUCGAGGAGAUCAACGAGGGGAAGACCCUCGAGUGUUGAAGCCAAUCAAGUAGUCGGAAAGAAGUACACUAGGAGGCCCGGAGCCGCCUGGUGCUUCUCAUUGUGCCCGAGAAACAGCACUGAUGGCGAGAGCGCCAUAAGGAGCAACACUGCAUCGCUCGGCCAUUUUCUAGCUGUGGAAAGACGGGCUGGAAAUGGGCACCGGAGAAGCCACCAUAGCCCUCUCAUCUACGGGCCAGACGAAUACGCUUUGGUGCAGCACGAUCGAGAGUCGUCGAAUUCACUCUUCGCCAAUGACCGAAUUGCCCCUCCCCAGCUGAGCCCAUGGGCUGGAAGGGCCCCGGGCAACAGGUCUUUAGACACUGAACAAGAUCAUCAGGGUGUUCCACUGGUAUUGUUCCCAUGCAUUUGUGGUUAAACAUUGUGCUUAUUAGACCCUUUACUUUUCAAUUCAUAUUUUUCCCAUUGUUUGUUUUGUUGAAAUUUCUAAAAAAAAGUACUCCUUUGUAGUGAACUAGUGAUGUUGAAACAUA